UCUUCGGUCCCGCUUUCAGCGCCCCUGAUGUGCACCCCGUCCCCAUCUCAUGCCUCUCAUCAUGGCAUGACGACUGAGGUAUGAGGGCUAUAUGGAUGGAUGAAUUAAUAGACGAAUGAAUUAUGGCGAAUGGGGUAGUUCCAUCACCGAGUGAGUGGAUGGAUGAAAACAGGGGAAGUGAUCUGCGCGAGAGAGAGUCCCUUGGGACCCUAAAACUUCCGUCUUUCAUUUGUGGGAGAGCAGCGCUGGUGUUGGGUGUUGAUGAUGGUGAUUCUGCUGCUUUGUUCCAUCGCCUCGAUUCUAUCAACCGUGGUUUUGUGAUUCUCAAAUAGAGAACUUGCUCAGCCUAUGGUUUUGGGUUUGCUGCGUGGGAUGGAUCCCCAAUGACCUGAUAAUAUCAUUUGCCCCGCAUUGUUGUUGUUGUGAUUGUUGUUGUUGUUGCGUGGUGAGUGAAUGUUGUUGGAAUGGGUAACGCAUCGACUGGAAUCCAUCAUCAUCUACUUGGUGCCCGGAGUUGGUGGUGGUGGUUGAGAUAAUGGUGUGUUUCUGUGUAGUCGCUUUGUUUUGGAAUUGGUACUCUCGUGGACAUCCUGUGAAGAGUGAAUAGAGGUCUUUUUUGAAGCGUGGCGUGUGUUUGCGGAAGAAGAUGGCGGGGUCGGCGGCGUUGGCGGCGUUCGCCAGAUUGGAAGAGAAUGGUGAUGACAGCCGCAACAGAUCCUGGGACGCAGGCGCGACGUGCUCCAAGUCAGCUGUAUUGGGCGACAUCGACAUAGAGUGCCAAUCCCACAACAUCAAAGUGUAUGUGCGAACGCGGCCGCUGUCGAAAGACGAAGCCAACCGCGGUGACAAUUCAUGCAUCCAAGUCAACUACGACGAAAAAUCCCUCAAAGUUGUGGAACAAGGUUAUGGGUACAAUGUCACCACACGCUCUUUCAAAUUUGAUGGGUGCAUGGGAUCUGAGGUGCACCAGCGGGAUGUAUUGAAGAAGGUGCACAUGAAGAAGCUGCUGGACAAAGUGCUGGCCGGGUACUCUUCCACUGUCAUGGCUUGUGGCCAAACUGGGUCUGGAAAGACUUUCACCAUGUGUGGGCAGGAAGAGAACCUGUUGUGUGACAUGGAAGGAGGCGACAAUGGCUUGAUAGUCCGUUCUGCAACAUACCUGUUCGAAGCCAUGAAAGCUUGCGAGCACAACACACCGAACGGGCAAAAGCCUUUCACAAUGAGAGCCUCCUACUUUGAGAUUUACACGGAACAGGUGAAUGACUUGUUGCGGUUGGAUAACGCACCGCGAGACGUGAAGUGGAGCUCACGGGAUGGCUACUAUGUCGACAACUUGUUGCUGGUGGAUUGUGACACACUGAGUGAUGUGAUUUCGGUGCUCAACGAGGGAAGCCGGAAUCGUAAGGUGGGUUCCCAUGAGUUGAACAAAGACAGCAGCCGAAGCCACUGUAUAAUGACGCUUCAUGUGGACUCAUUGUGCCAAGUCGGCGAUGAUGCCCCUCCCAUCACUCGAUAUGGACGCAUGUUAUUUGUGGAUCUCGCAGGCAGCGAACGCUUGAAAAAAAGCAAAAGUAGUGGAGAAAUGUUGAAAGAGACUGGCAGCAUCAAUCGGUCGCUAUUUACCCUAGGAAAGGUCAUAUCAGCUUUAAGCGAAGGCAAAAAGGGGGAUGUAGUGCCUUACAGAGAGAGCUUGUUGACGAAGCUGUUGAUGGACAGUCUCGGCGGGAAGAGCCUCGCCCUCAUGAUUGCCUGCAUUUCUCCAGCAUCCUCGGCCAUUGAUGAGACUCUCAGCACUUUGCAUUACGCCACUUGCGCAAAUAAUAUUGUCAACGCUCCAGCUGUCAAUUUAGACGCCCGUGACAAGAUUGUUCUGAAGCUGCAAAAGGAAAUCGCUCAUCUGAAAGAAGAAAAUCAAUAUCUUCGUUCGAAGCUAGGUGAGAAAAAUAUCCAAGUACAACAAUUUCUAAGUUUAGAUAAUGUAGCCACUCCGCCAUUGUCAAUGGCAAAGAGAGUCCGACAUUCAAGUCAACGGUCGAAGUCGAGGGAGAACUUGCCAUCAGAAUUGAAGGGAAUGGAAAAGUAUUUCUCCAAAGAAUCAAGAGGAUCAAACAAAGACUUUACAAAAGAAUUGCAAGGAUUCAGUGUUUUUGGAAACUUCCAGGAUCUCGCUCAGCAGAAUGAUAGUGAUUCCUCAAUAUCGGAUAGUUCGAGGUGUUCACUGAUUCCAUCUGAAUCCAACAGGCGGAAUCAAGCAGGUUCAAAUGGCUGGGAUUACGACAAGCCGGUGGACAGUAAUGGAACGUCGAAUGUUCAAAAUGAACCACAGUGUUUGAAAACAUCCAAUGAAUCGAACUCUCUCUUGGGCAUGUACAGAGGUUUGGCCAAGUCCAACUCAAAAGGGUUACAGUACCGAAGGAACCGUGUCUCUGUGGAUCAUCUUGGUGGGUCAAGGAUCAGGCUUAGAAGAGGAGGUGGUAAGAACGGCAAGCAAGAGCCUAGAUUCCAAGGGAGCAUAACAGUGAAUCAAACCACAUUUCUAAAACGAUUACUUGACUUGAAUUUAUCUCCUGUACAGUGACACGGUAGAGUUUGAGGUAAGCUAAGCUCCACAUGAACACGCUGCAACGGCAGUUGUAAGAAACUUUCAUAAUUGUACAAUAUGAAGCUUUGAGUUGCAAAGCAAUGCGUUGUUU